CAAAUGUACUUUAUCAAUAACAUAGCAUUUCUGGAAGCCUAUUGAUUGAUUGGUUGAUUGAUUAAUUGAUUGAUAACAUUAUGAAUGAUUUCACACUGAUUCCCAUAUUUUUUUUCUAGAAUUUGCUAAAAUUUCAAGCAAAUUUAUCUCGAAAAUAAGGUGCAAUUUUUAUUGAUCACAUCGGAAAUUCGAGUCUAUUCCUGCAGCAGCACUUCAACCGAGAAUUCCCGUAACAGUCUAGUGGUGAUGCAAUAUUGAUGAAUAACAGCAGGCAAGCGCAGCUCAGGCUUCAAUUUAGACGUCAACCAUCUAUGAACAUAAAUGGCGCAGGAUAUGUUGCGCCGAUGGCGGUUAUGGUUGCGCCUAGCAGGGUAGACUAUAGUGUAACGAAAGGUGGUCUGAGACUUUGGGCUGUGCUAUUGGUAUUCGUUAUCCUUUGCUCCAGUUUUUACACUUUGUUUUCUACCAUGGAAUCAGCAGAAGUAGCGUUCGAAAUCGAUGGCGACGAAAACUUGGAUUAUGAUGGUGACAUUGAUGAUGACGCAGAUGAAAUGGCGAUACAUAAUCGAAGAACCGAAAAAGACACCACUCCAUCACGAGAGUACAUAUCACGGUCUAGAACAUUUGAAGAAAACCGAAAAGCUCAUCAAGGAAUUCAGGAUGCUCCGGAUUCAACUGACGAUGAUAGAUUAGAGGAAGAAGAGUUGGAAGAAGAAGAAGAAGCCCGUCUGGCUGAUCUUCGAGCUAAAGCUGAACGAAAAAACAACAAAUCGUUGGAUGAGACAAUUGAGAAUGUUGAGCGUGAUGAUAGUGACAAUAUUAUUGGCGAUAUUGGCGAUAGCAAUGAUAAUGAUAUUGAUAAAUUUGAUAUAUCUGAACGAACGGCAGAUGGACAUGUGAAGGAGGAUGAUAAAGCAAGAGGAAAGCAAGAUGAAGAACAAAACAAGCCAAAACGAGUAAAGGUUCAUCGUAAACGCAUCGAAGUUGUGGAAGACGAUGAAGAGGAGGAAGAAAGAAAGAUGAUUGAGAAAUUUGAGAAAGAGAAAGGAGAGGAACAGAAAGAAGAAGGAACAGACGGGGAAAUCCAAAUUCAAGAUAGUGUAGGACGUGAAAAAGAGGAGAAGACAGUGGAGAAUGAAGAGGAAGAGAGUAAAAAUAAGCAUGAUGCAGAGAAGAAGUCGGGACUUAAGUCAAGAAGAAAAAUCCCAUCUUUUAGUAUGGAAAAACCGAAGCGAAGUGAAUGUAAGCGCAAGAAAUGCUUACCUGAGUAUGACCGUCAUCCACGAAUGUCACUUUUAAAACAAAUACCUCUUUCCAUGUCAAAUCGUAAUAAACAGCAUUCACCGCCUGCUUUCAAAUUAACAGAAGAUGAUGAGGAAAGGGAAGAAUGGAAGGAUACAGAUGAAGAACAAGAAAGUGAAGAGAUUGAUGACGAAGAACUUGAUGAUGCAAGCAUCCGUGAUUUAGCUGCUGUUAGAAAAGAGAAGUUGAAUGAUAGGACUAUUUAUAAACGCCAUGCUAUAACAAAUCGUGAUGAUCACAAGUAUCGAAAUCAAUUGGAUCGUGCAGAUUAUCUCGUUGAAAAGCAUGAUUAUCAUUCCGCAAUUGCCAUUUUCGAGACUGUUUUACGGGAUAAUCCAGACAGUCCCCGAGCGCAUUUCGGUAUCGCUCGAGCGAAUGACAUCAGAAGCGAAAUUGAAUCAGAUCAUUCAUAUCUGGAUAUAGCGAUCAAUGAAUACCAAGAAGUGCUAGACAUUGAUGAUACCCCAGAUGCGUUGUUCAAUCAAGCAGCAAAUCGCUUGAUCGAUCGGGCCAGGUUUCGCGGUUUAUUGCAUCGUGUAUUACAAGCGCAACGUUCUUUGAUCGAUCGAUAUCCGGAUGAUUUACAGCUACACAAUAACCAAGGAUUAACCUUCCUAAUGAUGGGACGUGAAGACGAUGCACGAAGGAUAUUUGAAAAUGUUUUAAAAAUUUCACCAACCAAUGGUGUCGCCCAGGCAUAUUUUGGUUAUAUUUUGAAAUUGAGCGGUGAUCUGGAAAAUGGCGUGCUAUAUAUGCGCAAAGGUUUGCGUGCUAUUCGUGAAGUAAUUGCCGAUCCGAGAUUUUAUUAUCAUUUCGGCGAAGCUCUAACGCGACUGGGUAAGAGACAGGAGGCUUAUCGAGUGUAUAGUAUUGGAGCAAAAGUCGGUCUUUUUCCUUCUCCUUAUCAGCGAUCUGUUUACAACGUCGAAGGUUUAACUGCCCGUCCUUGGUGGUCUGUUGAACAAACUUUUUGUUCAAAACAUCUGAAGAAAAUCGAAAGACAGUGGACGGUAAUUAGGGAAGAAGCGGCGGCAAUACUGAACAGUCAGCCGUAUUUAUUCGAACCAGAACAUGAAGAGCUAACUAUAGAUGGACAGUGGUCAGCGUACUCUUUGUAUAGCAGUAAUUCAUGGAACGCAUCAAAUUGUUUAAAAACGCCAAAAACAUGUAAUAUUAUGCGUAUGUUCAAGGAUUCAUCCGAUUGCUUAAACAGCGAGAUAAAGUUUUCACUUCUAGCAAGUGGCACCCGAGUGUGGCCACACUGUGGAUACUCCAAUUAUCGCCUACAGGCUCACCUCGGUCUUACAAUAUCGUCUGAAGCUAGACUGCGAGUAGGACAUGAAGUCCGAGGUUGGAAAACGGGUCGUUUCCUUGUUUUCGAUGAUUCCUUUGAGCAGGAAUUGUGGUUCGAAGGCGCAUCCGCAAACAAAUAUCGAUUGAUACUUAGAGUGGAUCUAUGGCAUCCUGAAGUAGAUCCGGUCAGAAGAGUUGACUUUAGAAGCGUUUGAAAAUGCGUCAUUUUUUUGUAGCCAUUUUGUUUCUGUUUCAACAAUGCUGCACUACUACUCGUUUUCAUUUAUUUCAUUUGCUGGGCUUCUGUAGAUUCCAAAUUCUUUAAAUUUGUUUGUUAAGGUGGCUCCAUCAUCAAGCAUUCUCUUGUUUGCGAAAAGCAGGUAGUGUUGAUCUACUACGUAACUUUCAUUUAGACACCUUGCAAGAAUAGAGUAGGUCUUAUGUUUGCUUUCAUCCUCUA